AUUGUUCUCAACUUCUCCAAAAAGAAACAUGGUGGUGUUUUUGAAGCAGCAGUGGUUUCUUCCACUUUGUUUUGCCGUUUUAUCUUGCUUUGGACCUCUAACAUUUGCUGUGUUUCCACUGCACCCUGACGAAGCCAUCGUUCUUAAGCAAAUGGCUGCAACAAUGGGCUUCACACUCUUGAAUUCCACAGAGGAUCCUUGCCAAUCACAUAUGCUUCCAAUACCCACUUACCACCCAGAAGCAAGUAAUGCCACAACCCACACCAACAUAAUCCUUUGUAACUACACUCUUGGCAAUUACUCUCACAUCACCAACAUAUCACUCAAAAGUCUGAGUUUUCAAGGCAGGCUUCCACCGCAACUUGUCAACCUUAAGUUCCUCCGGUUCAUUGAUUUCACUCGCAACUAUCUCAAUGGCACUCUUCCAAAGGAAUGGGCUUCAUUGCAGCAUUUGGACACUAUCUCGGUUACUGCCAACCGCUUAACGGGGGAAAUUCCACCGGAUUGGGGCAAUCUUACCAAUCUUAUUCACUUGAGCUUGGAAGCCAACCAGUUGUCUGGAAGCAUCCCUGAGGAGCUUGGGAAAUUGGUUAAAUUAAACGUUCUGGCACUUUCCUCCAAUCAGUUUGUUGGACGCUUGCCUAAAACACUAGCGAACAUCAAGAACAUGAAUAGUUUUAGAAUAAGUGAUAAUAACUUUAGUGGCCCCGUACCAGAACUUAUUGGAAAAUGGACACAUCUCACAAGGCUGGAAAUGUAUUCAAGUGGAUUUGAAGGACCCAUUCCUGAUGCGAUUUUUCAUCUAGAAAAUUUGACAGACCUGAGGAUCUCAGAUAUGACUGGACUACAAAACUUCAGUUUUCCAAAUCUUAGCAAGAAGAUUAAUCACUUGGUUUUGAGAAACUUGAAUAUGUCUGGACGGUUCCCGACAGACAUUGGGCACAUUGAUAACACACUUGAUCUGACCUUUAACAAUUUGGAAGGAGAAAUUAACAUUGAUGCAGUACCUGCUCGUUAUACCUUCCUGGGUGGGAAUAGGUUCACUGGAAAAAUACCCGAUUCAAUCCUCUCAAGUGGACACUUUGUGGAUCUUUCUUAUAAUAACUUCACACCGCUAACAAGCGGUUGUCCAAAUAACAGACAAAUAAACAUGUAUCAAAGCUUUUCUCAGAAGAACAACACAAGCGGACUUCUUUCAUGCCCCAGUACAACCAGCUGUCAAAAAUACUAUCGAUCACUCCACAUAAAUUGUGGUGGACCAGAUAUAACAAUCAACAAUAACCUGUAUGAAGGUGAUCGAAAUGCUGGAUUUGGAGCUGCAUGGAACUAUAACUAUGGAACAAAUUGGGGAUUCAUUAGCACUGGAGACUUCAUGGACGAUAAUGAAACAAAUAGCAAUGGAUAUAUUAUAUCUACAAACUCUACCCCAUUGAAUUUCUCAGGAUUGUACUCAACGGCACGUGCAAGUCCUCUCUAUCUCAUCUAUUAUGGAUAUUGUUUGGUUAAUGGGAAUUACACCGUGAACCUCCACUUUGCGGAGAUAGUAUUCAGGGAUGCAGAACCAUACAACAGAGUUGGAAGACGCAUAUUUAGUAUUUAUAUUCAGGGAAGAUUAGUGCAGAAAGAUUUCAAUAUAAAGGAGGCAGCCAAUGGAACUGGUAAAGCAAUUAUAAGAUCAUUUAACACCACAGUGACAGACAAUACUCUUGAAAUCCGCUUGUAUUGGACUGGGAAAGGGACUACUUGUAUCCCAAGUAGAGGAUAUUAUGGUGCAAUUAUAUCUGCUAUUUCAGUAUGUUAUGGUUUGGAAUCUAAUUGUGUAGGCGAGAUAUAUGGAGAAUCUAAGAAAACAAGAAAUUUACCUGUUGUGGUUGGAGUUGUCACUUCAGUUUUGAGCCUUAUUUUCAUCACCAUGGGUUUCUUCUAUUGGAGAUGCUACACUUCUGGGCACAAAAGCACAACAAAAAGAGAUCUUGAGGGGCUAGAUCUGCAAACAUGUACCUUCACUUUCAGACAACUAAGAGCGGCCACUAAAAAUUUUGAUUCUGAAAACAAGAUUGGAGAAGGUGGUUUUGGAUCUGUAUAUAAGGGCAAACUAUCAGACGGUACCAUUAUUGCUGUGAAGCAGCUUUCUUCUAAAUCAAGGCAAGGAAACCGUGAGUUCGUCAAUGAGAUAGGGAUGAUUUCUGGUUUGCAACACCCAAAUCUUGUGAAGCUAUUUGGAUGCUGUGUUGAGGGGAAUCAGUUACUAUUGGUUUAUGAGUACAUGGAAAAUAACUGCCUCGCGCAUGCCCUUUUUGACUAUCGAUCACUCCACAUAAAUUGUGGUGGACCAGAUAUAACAAUCAACAAUACCCUGUAUGAAGGUGAUCGAAAUGCUGGAUUUGGAGCUGCAUGGAACUAUAACUAUGGAACAAAUUGGGGAUUCAUUAGCACUGGAGACUUCAUGGAUGAUAAUGAAAUGAAUAGCAAUGGAUAUAUUAUAUCUACAAACUCUACACCAUUGAAUUUCUCAGGAUUGUACUCAACGGCACGUGCAAGUCCUCUCUAUCUCAUCUAUUAUGGAUAUUGUUUGGUUAAUGGGAAUUACACCGUGAACCUCCACUUUGCGGAGAUAUUAUUCAGGGAUGCAGAACCAUACAACAGAGUUGGAAGACGCAUAUUUAGGAAUAUUAGUGCAGAAAAUUUUAAUAUAAAGGAGGCAGCCAAUGGAACUGGUAAAGCAAUUAUAAGAUCAUUUAACACCACAGUGACUGACAAUACUCUUGAAAUCCGCUUGUAUUGGACUGGGAAAGGGACUACUUGUAUCCAAGUAGAGGAUAUUAUGGUUUGGAAUCAUUGUGUAGGAGAGAUAUAUGGAGCCUUAUUUCAUCACCAUGGGUUUCUUCUAUUGGGAUGCUAUACUUCUGGGCACAAAAACACAACAGAAAGAGAUCUUGAGGGGCUAGAUCUGCAAACAUGUACCUUCACUUUCAGACAACUAAGAGCGGCCACUAAAAAUUUUGAUUCUGAAAACAAGAUUGGAGAAGGUGGUUUUGGAUCUGUAUAUAAGGGCAAACUAUCAGAUGGUACCAUUAUUGCUGUGAAGCAGCUUUCUUCUACACAAGGAAAUCGUGAAUUCGAUGAGAUAGGGAUGAUUUCUGGUUUACAACACCCAACUGUGAAGCUUUUUGGAUGCUGCGUUGAGGGGAAUCAGUUACUGUUGUUUUAUGAGUACAUGGAAAAUAACUGCCUUGCGCUUGCCCUUUUUGGUAAACGUGUUAAUAAUACCUUGAAGUUGGACUGGGAAACAAGACAGAAGAUAUGUGUUGGAAUAGCCAGAGGUUUAGCCUUUCUUCAUGGAUCAACUCUUAGGAUAGUUCACAGGGACAUCAAAGCUACAAAUGUACUGCUUGACAGAGAAUUGAAUCCAAAAUCAGAUUUUGGAUUAGCUAAGCUUAAGGAAGAGGAGAACACUCACAUUAGCACUAAAUUGCUGGAACUAUGUGGGUAUAUGGCUCCAGAAUAUGCACUAUGGGUUUAUCUAACAGAAAAGGCAGAUGUUUAUAGCUUUGGAGUGGUUGCUUUGGAAAUCGCCAGUGGAAUGAAUAAUGCCAGUUCAGGGUAAAGUGAAUGUGUUUGCCUUCUCGAUUGGGCCUUUGAUUUGCAACAGAAAGGAAACUUGAUGGAGUUAGUGGAUCCGAAGUUGGAGAAUGAAUUUAACAGGAAGCUGAAGGAUGAUAAAAGUCUCUGUUAUCUCCAUGCAUCCCCAUCACUGAGGCCAACUAUGUCAGAGGUAGUUAGUAUGCUUGAUGCAGAAACUGAUAUUCAGAAGAAGCUCAGCCCAAACUUUUCUUCAGAUAAAACAUCACUUGGUUCUUCCACACAUCUGCCCACGAUCUCUUCUCUAUCAAUCCUGAGAGCAUUAGAAAAAUUACAUCGGCCCAUGAUCUUUAUCCACUCCCUUCCCAGACCACCUCUCUUAACGUUAGCGAUACUUCUUCUAUUUUACAUCAUAGUUCUUGAGUCUUACAUACAAUUAACUAGAUAUUCAUUACUGGUUUAUAUAAUCCUUUUAUUUCUCUUUGCUAUAAUUUGUAUUGCAAUCCGAACUGCUUCUUAA